GCAGAGAGAUGGAAACCAACUCAAAGCUUGAAGAACGUUUUGCGCGAUCUCUCGCUAGCAACGACACAAGGACUAGGAGCAGAACACUCAAGAGACUCACACAGUGGGUCGUUGCGCGAUCCUCUAUUGAAGACGGUUUUACCGAGUUAGAGUUUCUCAAGUUAUGGAAGGGACUGUACACGUGUAUGUGGCACUCGGACAAGCCUCUUGUACAGGAGGAGUUGGUGGACAGUCUUGCUGGACUACUGGUAAUGAUGAGAAGACCUGACGCUGCAUUGCAGUAUUUGAGAACAUUCUUUACAACGAUCGCUCGGGAGUGGCACAGCAUCGACAGAUUGAGACUCGACAAGUUCUAUCUACUAUUGAGGAAAAUGCUGGGACAGAGUUUCAAGUUACUUCAGAACAGUCAGUGGGAUGAAGAAGUAGUACAAGAGUUCAUAUCUAUAAUCAAGGAUGGACCGCUCAACCAUGACCUCGGCAAGACGACGCUAGGUGUUCAGCUACAUGUGUUGGAAGUGUACGUGUCGGAGCUGUUGAUGUGUUCUCCUGUGGAGGGAGGAGUUGACCUUUUGAACCCUCCACUGGCACUGCUGGCCAACACCAGAGAUACAACUGUUUCCGGCUGUAUUGUGAGGAGUGUGCUUGAUGUACUGGACACAUCCACACUCGACCAGCUACAGUUAACCCCCGAGGCAGUGUCUGAUGCUCUGAGAGCUAUGGCGAUCAAUCGCGAUACUUUAGGGAGAAACAGGAAACUACUCUACACGCACUGCAAGAGGUUCUCGUCUGAUGAGUGCCCUCCCCCUGAUAGUGGGUGUGGUCUGCCACAGCCAAAGAGAUUCAAACGCAAGAGUAAAGGAAAGAUAAAGAUAAAGAAAAAGAUAAAGAAAAAGAUGAAGAAAAAAUUGUAAUUCAAAUUAACAUGAAGUUGAACAAUUUUCCACUGCCAUUUGUGUUGUCAUGGUUUUAAUAAUAAUUAUAAUAAUUAUUAUUGUAACAUAAUUAUUACUAGUAUUUGCGAAUAAAAAAUCGUUUGCAAAUGA